UGCGCGCAGCCCCCCGGCGCCGACAGUGUUGUGCGCAUCCCCUGGGCCAUGCGGCGGCGCCUGCAGCGGGGCCGGCAGCGCGGGCGCGAGGCGGCGGCGCCUCCGCCGCUGCGCGCCGGGCAGCUGCUGCUGCGGAGCCGGCGGCCGGAGCUGAGCCAGCCGCGGUCGGUGACGGUGGGUCGGUGGGAGCAGCCGCGCUUGGUGUCGGCGGGCUGGAAGCACCGCAAAGCCUUUGGCGACUACUUCCAGCUGGAGCCCUCGCAGGAGGCGGCCCCGUCCCUGGCGCCGCCCGCCGCCGCCGCGGGGUCGCGCGCCUCAUUCGCGGCGCUGGGGCUGCAGCCGGCGUUGCUCGCUGCGCUGCCGCAGCUGGCCGUGGGCUGCCCCACGGCCGUGCAGCGCCUCGCCAUCCCCGCCCUGCUGCGCGGCCGCAGCGCGCUCUGCGCCGCCGAGACCGGCAGCGGCAAGACGCUGGCCUAUCUGCUGCCGCUGCUGGACGGGCUGCUCUCGCGGCCGGAGCCCGAGGCGCCGGAGCCCGAGGCGGGACCCGGGGCGCCGGCGCGGCCUCGCGGGCUGGUGGUGCUGCCGUCGCGGGAGCUGGCGGCGCAGGUGCGCGCCGUGGCGGCGGCGCUGUGCCGCCCCGUGGGGCUGCCGGUGCGCGGGCUGGAGGGCGGCGGCGCGGCGGGCGGACUACGGCGACAGCUGCGGGCUCCGCCACCGGGUCCUGCCGUGCUGCUGGGAACCCCCGGGGCGCUGCGGGCGGCACUGCGGUGGCGCCUGCUGGCCCUUGAGCGGCUGCGCUGGCUGGUGCUGGAUGAGGUCGAUGCACUGCUGGACACUUCCUUCGCAACGCUGCUGGAGGAGAUCCUGGCCCAGACACCACUGGCUGUGGGCGCCCCUGGCCCUGCUGGCCCUGGGGAGGCAAGGACUCAGGUGGUGGUGGUGGGUGCCACCUUCCCCACUGGGCUGAGCGAGGUGCUGGGGAAGUUCACCAAUGUGAGCCGCUUCGUCACCCUGGCCACCCGCAGCCUGCACAGCCUGCCGCCCCACGUCCAGCAGAAGUUUGUCCGCAUCAAGUGCCGGGACAAGCUGACUGAGUUGCUGCAACUCAUCAAGGACCGCCAGCCAUCUGCUGGGGCUGUCCUAGUCUUCUGCAACAGCGCCAGCACCGUCAACUGGCUGGGCUACAUCCUGGAUGACCACAAAAUCAAGCACCUGAGGCUGCAGGGACAGAUGUCGGCAGCUGACAGAGCUGGUAUCUUUGCUGCCUUCCAGAAGGGCAAGGUGGACGUCCUUGUCUGCACCGACUUGGCUGCUCGGGGCCUGGACACCAGCAGUGUGCAGCUGGUGGUCAACUAUGACUUCCCAUCCACCCUGCUGGACUACCUGCAUCGUGCAGGGCGGGUUGGACGAGUCAGCAGUAAGGUGCCUGGAGCAGUAGUUAGUUUUGUCACCUAUCGAUGGGAUGUUGACCUUGUGCGGAAAAUAGAGACUGCAGCCCGGAAAAGGACUGAUCUCCCAGGCAUGGAGUCCUCUAUUAAGGACUUUCCGCCUAAAGUGGCUUGAUUCAGGGUGUCCAACGGUAAUAAGUGACCCUGUGGGCAUUAAGCCUGCAGCCAUUGAGGCAGUGAGCUUAAGCAUGUGAACUAGGCUGAAAGAAUAAAGAAAGGAGUUUUGUAACAGGUAGUCAGGUUAACUGCACUGUUCUGGAAGCUGCAACAGUUAUUUUCACAGGCAGUCUUAACUCACAGUUUUCUAAAAGGAGUAUGAUAGGCAAAUAAUAAAAUGCCUGUGGAGAAGACACAAAAUCAGUCUCCUCUUAUCUCUUGCUUUGGUUUAAUUUUGCUGAGCCAUUUAACUUAAAUUCAAAUUGGAGUGAAAGUAUGCCUUUAUGGUGUGCUGCUGUGUUGUAUUUCAUUGCUUCCCAUCAACAGCAGCUAAGCAUCAUUAUUAAAAAAUUACUUCUGUGACAGAAAAAAAGAUGAAAUUAUUUUUCUAACUUUGUUACAACUUAUUCUUCUUGCCCUGCUGUAGCUAUCUGUGGGAAGAGUAAAGCACAAAUUAUGUUUGAUCCUCUUGUGGCAUAGCAGCUCAUUGAGAGAAUUUUAGACCAGAUACUUUGAAAAUUUGGUGGGAAUGCAAUAAAAUUCAAUACUUUUUUCAACUAUUUAUUUGUCACUUU